AUGUUCAAAGCUACUAAACAAAUACUACAAUUAAAUGCUUUAAAAGUCCCACAUAAUUUAAUAAAAAAUGAACCCAUUAAAUCCUUUGCAAGUGAUCAUGUUAAAGAUUGGGAUCUUCUACGUGCCUCUUUAAUUAAAUUUAACAAUAGUGAAAAUUCCGAUAACGUAUUGAAAAUUCCUUUGGUUGUUAAUGGUGAAAGAAUAUUCCAUUCAGAUAACACCUUAGACCAAACUAACCCUGCUAACCAUAAUCAAGUCUUGGCAAAAGUUACACAGGCUAAAUCAAUUGAUAUUGAAAAUGCUAUUGAAGCUUCUAAAGAAGCAAAAGAAAAAUGGUUUAGGUUACCCUUUUACCAUAGAGCUUCGAUUUUUUUAAAGGCUGCAGAUCUAUUGUCUACAAAGUAUAGAUAUGACAUGUUGGCUUCAUGUAUCUUAGGUCAAGGGAAAAACGUUUAUCAAGCAGAGAUAGAUUGUAUCACUGAACUGUCAGAUUUUUUCAGAUUUAAUGUCAAAUAUGCCAGUGAACUUUACGAAAAACAACCAACUACAGAUAUUAAGGGUACUUGGAACACUGCUGAAUACAGACCUUUAGAAGGGUUUGUUUAUGCUAUCUCCCCAUUCAACUUUACCGCUAUCGCUGGUAAUCUUGUUGGAGCUCCAGCUUUAAUGGGUAAUACUGUUAUUUGGAAACCUUCUCCAUCUGCCGUCUUAUCAAAUUACUUGUUAUAUACGGUUUUGGAAGAGGCUGGCUUACCACCUGGUGUCAUCAAUUUUAUUCCAGGUGAUGCGGAAACUAUUUCAGAGAGAUUGAUUAAUGACGAAGAUUUCGCCGCUUUGCAUUUCACAGGUUCAACAAACGUUUUCAAAAAACUGUCUGGUAAAAUUAAUAGUAAUAUGAUUGAAAAUAAAUAUAAGAAUUAUCCAAGAAUUGUAGGAGAAACUGGUGGUAAAAAUUUCCACCUGGUUCAUUCCAGUGCAAAUAUGGCUAAUGCCUUAUUUAACACAAUAAGAGGCGCAUUCGAAUAUCAAGGUCAAAAAUGUUCUGCAACUUCCAGACUAUAUCUGCCACAAUCCAUCUCUGAUGAAUUCUUAGGCGAUAUGCUCGGUGUCUUAUCUGAAAAGGAUUCUAAGUGUGUUCCACUCAAUACUUCCGCAAGCCCACUCAGUGGAGGUGACCUACAUGGAUUUUUGGGUCCAGUCAUCCAUGAGCAAAGUUUCAAUAAAUUAGCUAAUGCAAUUGAAGAAGCUAAAAAGGAUCCAAAUUUGGAGAUAAUCUACGGUGGGCAAUACGAUAAAAGUAAUGGAUGGUUUGUCUCGCCAACUAUAAUAAAAUGCAAAGACCCUACCCAUAAGUUUAUGAAAGAGGAAUUUUUCGGUCCAAUAUUGACUGUGUAUGAGUAUCCGGAUGCUGAAUUCGAAAAAAUUUGUGAUAUUAUUGAUCAAACUUCGACUUAUGGGCUAACGGGCUCAAUCUUUGCUCGCGACCGUAAAAUUAUUGAACUGGCUACAGAUAAGUUGAGGUUUGCUGCUGGCAAUUUCUAUAUUAAUGAUAAAUGUACUGGUGCAGUCGUGGCUCAGCAAUGGUUUGGUGGCUCCAGAAUGAGUGGUACCAAUGAUAAAUCUGGUAGUGGAAACAUAUUGAAUAGAUUUGUUUCUAUUAGAAACAUUAAAGAGAAUUUUUAUGAUAUAACUAGUCAUAAAUACCCAUCCAAUUAUGAAUAA